GAGGAAUCGCGUGCGCGCGAAAGGAUGGCCGAUUUGAUCUGUUUCUUGUUGGCGAUGUUCGGGCAACUGCUCGUUCGUGAAAGCAAGGGUAGCCUCCUUGGCGUAGAACUGGACGAAGCAGGUGAAAAGCUUCUCAACGAGUACUUGUCCCUCGCCGAGUUACAAGAAUUUGAAGACACAGCGAUCGAGCUCGACUUGAUCGAUCAGAAGAGGAAACAUCGACCGGCGAUGCACCAACAGCCUAGAGUUCUCUACCAAAUCGGGGACAGCGAGGACGAGUUGCCUGAAUGCUCGGACCGAAGCGAAGUUUGCAGCAAGGUGGAUUUAUAUGGGUCACCUUGGGUCGAGAGACAAUGUCGUUGUCCGGAUGGCCGUACCUGUCCUAGUAGUUUGUACGGAGACGACGGGCACACGAUAGUCGAUAAAACACGCCAGUACAAGCUAUGCGAGCCAGUGAAACGUCUUCCCAUCUGUCGCUACUUCAAAGACGUCACAUGGACCUUAGCUCCCGGAGGGGGGCCGGCGAACGCGACGGUUCAGCGGGUUUACUGCCGAUGUCGACCGGGCAGUGUACCUUAUCUAGUUCGAAGACAAGCCUACAGGUCUUCCGAGGGAAGUCCAGGAUUUAUUUAUGCCUUCGCGUGCUCUCCCCAAAGCAGGCUGCGCUGCCAGCACAAGGAGCCAUGUCGACUAUUCACGGUAAGAAAGAGACGAAGCUCGCAGCUCGAAGAGGUGAACGCUUCGCCUCUGUGUCAGUGUCCAAAAGGUCAUCGAUGUCCUAGAAGGCACACCGAUCCAGGCUCCCUUCCGGCAAGGUCCUACUCCGGCGUUCUGGAGAUUAAAACGUACAGCGGAUAUUGCGUGCCUUCGCAGUCGCAUCAUUCUGAGGCGGUUUAUACCGUUUAACGGAGCAGUGAUUCUUGGAAAGGGGGAACGAGUCGACCAAUCUACAUACAUAUACGCCAUCAUUCGCCAUAUUUCCCAUC